AUGAUCCACCGCGAAGUAGCCGAUGGUCUAGAGCGUCUUUGGAACGUAAGAGUAAACUGCAUAUGGGAAGCCGAUGAAAGUAGUCGCCAUGGAGAGGUUUAUAUAUUCGACCAUGUAUUUAAUCAGGAAUGUACAAAUUCAGAUGUAUAUGGAUCUGUAGUAAAACCUUUAGUCGAUUCCUUCAUGGAAGGUUUCAAUGCCACAAUAUUUGCAUAUGGCCAAACAUCUUCUGGCAAAACACACACCAUUUUGGGCAAUAAAACAGAUCCUGGGCUUUUCCAAUUAGUAUCCAAUCAGUUAUUCCAGCAUGUGGCAGACCAGGUUGAUAAGAGGUACUUGAUUAGAUGCAGUUAUAUUGAAAUCUACAAUGAAAAGAUCAAUGACCUCCUGGAUAAGAGCAAUCAGGGUUUAACUAUGAGAAGAUAUCAAAGGAAAUGUGCUGCAAGGGAAGCUGUCGUAGACAAUGUUGAUAAAGUUAUGGAGAACAUGAUGCAGGGCAAUAAGAUCAGACGAGUUGCAGCUACUCGCAUGAAUGAGAGGUCAUCUCGAUCACACACGAUUUUCCGGAUUAUUCUGGAGUCGAAAGAUGCCAAUCAGAAAGAUGGACCUGUACAUAUAAGCUACCUUAACUUAAUGGACUUAGCUGGUUCUGAGAGAGUUUCUCUGACGAAAGCUGCUGGUGAGCGUCUUAAAGAGGGGGCUAACAUAAACAAAUCUUUGUCAGUAUUAGGAAAUGUGAUAAGGCAACUAAGCGAGGGGAAGGAGUUUAUCAGUUAUCGCGAUUCGAAAUUGACUAGACUGCUCUCACAGGCUCUUGGCGGUAAUGCCAAAUCAUUGAUUAUCGGGAAUGUUACUUUAGCUGCAGAGGAGGAGACUAGAUCUACACCAGAAUUCGCCCAAAGCACUAAAACUGUCAAAAAUAAAACGAAAGUAAACAUCUUGUCAGCUACAGAAGAGACACUUCAAGGAUAUCAGAACUUGACUCGCGAUCUCGAAACUCGGCUCAAAAAGCAGGCAAUUAAGCUAAAAGAGAUGGAUAAAAGCAAACAAGAGUAUCUGCUCGAGAUAGAAAGACUAAAAACGGAAGUAUCUAUUGUCGGGCGCUUUCAAAUGGGAGCCUCGGCAUCAACACCGAAAAAAAAUUAA